GGUUACUGAAGAUCCAGAAUCUUGUGAAGACAGUUGAAAAUGUUUUAAAUCUCUUGGAUCUCACACGAAACCUUGAAGAUGAUGAUGUGGAAGAACUAGGUAUCAACGUUGGUCUUAUCAAUAGUCUUGCUUUUGAAAGAAGAUUGGUUUCUGUUUGGUUAGCACUUUGUAGACCCUUAGGUUUAGUUGUUACCUUUCAGAAUUUAGCAAAAGUUUAUCUUGCUUUAUGCGUGAUUGGCGCAUUGUAUAAUUUAUGCAUGACACACUUACACACGCAGCAGACUUGUAGCAAUGCUGUUCUAACAAAUUUGUAAACAGGAUGUGUUCGCACUGCUUGUUCCCGGCUUGUUGACAACUUGCUUCAAGGUUGUUGAGCUCAACAGACUUGUUACAAGUUGUUCCAGAAGCUUGUUAUCGUCCUGCAGUUCAACAAUUUGUCAACAAGUUGUGAGUGACAACCUUGUAGCAACUUGAUAAAAUGACAGUAUUGUUACAACUUAAUUGUUUUUGUUUGUGGAAACACCACGUAAAUUCGUGUUUAAAUUUGUGUUUCCACAAACAAAAACAAUUAUAUUUUAUCGCCAUGCAAACAUUCAAAGAAAUUGUUACAACUUGUUGACAAGCUUGCUACAAACCUGUUGCGAACACAUCUUGCUGGCAAGUUGUGAGAUUUUCACGUGUGAAAUUCGCUGGCGGAGGUACACACGAAAAAACCCACAAGUUGUUACGGGUCUGCAAACAAGUUGUUACAAAUCUGUUCACAAGUUGUCGACAAGUUGAGUUCGCACUGCUUGUUCCCAGUUGUUGUAACAAGCCGUUAACAACUUGUAACAAGCUUGAUGGCAUUAUCAGACUUGUUGCAAGGUUGCUCUAACAAGUCUGAUACAAUCAUGAUAUAACAAGAAUGUUACAAGGCUGAUAAUAUCAACAAGGUUGUUACAAGGUGUUAAACAGCUUGUUCCAAACCUAUUGACAACUUGGGACAAGCAGCGCGAAUACAACUUGUUGACGGCUUGUUUGCAGACUUGCUACAAGAUGUGGGAUUUUUAUGCGUGUAGUUAGUUAACGUUACUUUUGUGUUCAGGUGGGGAUAUGCGGACACAACAUCUCAAUUUAAGACGACUGUUUGCCAGUGACCUGUCGGUUCGUAUCCUUGCCAGUGCGUUGGAACAACAAUGUGAGACAAGGAUGUCUUUCUGUAGAGAUCUUUUGAUAUUGAUGCAUAUUAUCAGCAGGCUGAGCGCUAGGGUGAGUAUAUGGCCAGGGGUGGAAAAAAUAGCAAAUGUUAAACAGCUGCAGGAAAUUCCUUUGAAUGAAGAUUUGCUUUUGAAAAUUUGAAGGAAACCUUAACACCCAUGUCCUACUAUGGGCGCAACAACAUAUGGUUUACAGACAUUAUUCCUUCAAUUUAAAACCAUGGUCAGCUAGAACACUAUAUACGUUUAUGCACAUGCAGACUUAGCACAAAAAUACUCCGUUGGUCUGCAGGAAAUUUUUAUCUUCAGUUUGUGCUCCCAGGAAGAAAAUUCAUUUUUCCUGCCCUGUAUAUGGCAUCAGAAUUCAAAGCGAAACUCGCCAUAACCCUCGUUUUGAAGUAUUUGUAUCUGUUUAUAGGCAGGUCUGCAUUCUUUGGGAAGUUAUACAACAUCUUCAGAACACGUGCCUCGUGCUUCGUACUUAUUGCGUGUAUACUACAGUUUACAGUGGCUUUCAACACGGUCUGUUUUGCCAACACCACCUAACGCAUUGUAA